GACAAAUCGUCGAAAAGACAUCCAACAAAAAAAAUUUAUUUUUCUCAUGUCACAUUGAAAGUUAUGACGAUUGAGAACACACUACACAUGAAUAACUUUGGAAGUGUAUAAUACAUGCACAGUCAUUAUUAUCGUCUUUGAAAUAGACGCGCUAACUAUAAGAAUGCUAAUUGGCAUUCGGAUAUUAUCCGGUCUGUAAAUAUGUCCUUAUAUUCUGUUCAGUUCUAUGGAUUAACUAGAUAAACUAACUCCUAGCAUAAUGGAUAUUUUCUUGAAUAAAUUUCGCCUAUUCAUCAUUGUAAUUAUGUACAUUAAUCUGGACAUUAUUCACAGUUAUUCUCAACCAUCAGUGAAUUUUGAAAGCUUCCACACAGGAAGACGUUUACUCUAUUCAGAUUGGGAAAGUGCACCUUCCUUCUAUUCACCUGGUGGUAUUACACCAGAUAAUGAACCUCGUGCGCCUAUCUAUCUGGAAUUAACAAAUAAUCUUACCUCGGUGAAUGGAGCUUCAGGGAUAUGUGGUGUAUGUGCACGCAUAUAUCGUGUUUUACAUAUGACACAGUUGAAUGCUGCUGAAGAAUGCCGACGUCAUCAUAAUUCAAGACAAGCAGCUUUUGGUGAUAUUACGGAAUUUUAUCAUACUCUUGUUAAAAGUGGAAGACUGAACGGAACCAUCGAAUUUCCAUUGGCAGAUAAAUUUUCAAGAUUCUCGUUUAGAACAACUAUUUUAUAUUUGGCAUCACGUGGAAAUGAACCUGGAUUAAUGAUUGAAGCUGGUUCUGAUACAAAGUAUGUAUUAUGCGUCCAGUCAAUUAAGUGUCCAGAGCCUAUUACAACAACUACAACAUCUACGACAGAAGCUUUAACAACAACUUUACCAACUACAGCUUUAAUUAAUUCAAAUAAUUCCUCUAUGCUCUUAUCUUUAUCACCAACCAGUUCACAAGGUCGUUCUGGUAGCGGUUCAACUGGAAAUGAAAAUGAUGCGAACAAUGAACACAGCAAUUCUGCAUUUUGGGAUACUUUGUUGUCUGGGACUGAACCCAAGAGCUGGUUUCUUGCAACCAUUUCUCUGGCUAGUCUGUGUUUACUACUCAUAAUCAUGCUGAUUGCAACAUGGCUGUAUACAUGUCGCCUACGUAGGCUAUAUAACCGGAGGCGUUGUCAUGGUACAUGCCGUUUCGGUUGUCGUUGUCCACCAGAGGUUGUACGUCAAACAGCUGCUGAAGCUGCAGUAUGUGGUCCUUUAGGUUUACAAACGCAUCAACAAUUUACAAACACUAUGUCGCCACAGGGAAAUGGUUCUGUCAGGAGUGGUAGUGGAUUUGGAAAUACACUAUAUACAGGUGGAACAUUGAAUUCAGGUCGAUGGGGUUCAAAUGGUAAUAAAAUCGGCUCUCCGUUAUAUGUGGCUCUUGGUUCUGCACCUGAUAAAUCUGCUUUAUUGAGUGCUGGAUGUAAUACACCUAGUUAUAUGCUCGAAAUGUCUGCAGGUUUACCUAUAAAUAGCACAGUAGAUGGGUGCAGUGGAUCAUGCAACCAAACAAAUGGAAAAUUUCGAAAUACUCGUCUUCGACCUAAAAGAACAUCACAGGAUGCUUUAAGACGAAGUACAAGUGAAGGUUCUAGUGUAUCAGGAGCAACAGGUACAGCGGGUGCUAAUAACAGUGUGACAGGUAUAGACCAAAGCUCUUUUUUGUACCGUACUGGGCAGGCUGUCACUUUUUCUGAUGCAACAAUGCCAAAUAUUUUACCUUCUAUGGUUGUAAGUAAUACGAAUGCUGGUCAGCGUGGAACUGAAUCAACCGGGACGGUCUAUUUGCAAGGCGGUCCAAAUGGAUAUAAUUACUCAGACAGUGGUAGAGGCAGUGGGAUCAGUCCGGGGUAUUCACAUUCACCUACACAUGGAAACAGUAGAAAGGUGAAUGACAGAGCAUAUUUCAGCAGUAACAGUAAUAGCGCUGGUAAUAGCAAUAGCAAUAAUAAUAAUAAUAAUGGUAAUAUUCAAAAUGGCCUCAUCAACUCCAAUGGACCAAUUAAUAAUAUGGAUGAAGAAGAAGUUGAAAGCAAAUGUGAUAUGAAUUAUUUAGGAAAUCAAGCGAAUAAAAUCCUAUCCAAUUUACAAUCAGAUCAUUGUAAUGACUACAAUAAUUACAACUCAGAUUCGCACAACUUGCCAUUACAUCAUUUGAACCGUGGUUCUGAGGCAGAUUUAUUAAACAUCACUCCUCCUUCAGGAUUUUAUGACUUCACUAAUAGCAACAACAACCACAACAACAACAACAAUCAGCACAACAACAGCAGUACUAAUGGAAUGGUGAAUUCCGAUUCUAGCUAUUUAGUCAGUUCAAGUUUAGCUCACAACAUGCUUACACCAUCACCGCGUCAACAAUCAAGUCAUAUACACCAAAAUCGUUUAAUAUCUAGUCCAAAUAGUUUUGGCCGACAAAUAUUCAAUCAGUUACCACCAUCCUCAGGAGGACUUCUUCCACAUUCAUCUGGUAUAAAUGGUAGUAACACAGCGACCACUUUACUUUAUCCAAUCCAUGGAAGUCCAACCAGCCAAGGUGAAUGGCAAAAUCCUAUGUCAUUUACAAAAUGCAACCUACAAAAUGGUGAAAUGGUCGGUAGUACUGAUGAAGAUUUCAUCAAUGUUUGCCCACCAAUUAUGCUUUCAACUAAUAAUACCACAUCAGAUAAUUCGAAUACAGGAACAGCAACAAGAAUACGUAAAUAUAAUGCGCCUAAUUAUAAUGGUAACAGUAAUGGUGGCUUAAGACCAUUGGUUACAAGGCCACACUUCUCUGAUUCACUACAUUCAGGAGUUAAUCAUAAUCUCAAUGAGAAUAAUUCAACAACAAUCAAUAAUAGAUCAUUUCAUAAUUCCAAUGAUAAUGCAGAAAUCAAUGAUACACUGAUAACAACUUCAAAAGUUAAUCGUAUGUGUGUUGGUAUCUCAGAGCGUAUGUUGUAA